ACUUUUGCUAAUCCCACGUUUCUUUUUUCCUCCUCACUUCCUGUCUUUUGAAAUUGCCCACUCAUACACCUAUCGUAAUCACUCUCCAAAACUCUGAUCCUUUCAGUCCCAUUCAAAAGCAGCGGAAAAGGCAAAACGAACAUGCCUGAAAACUGUAAAGACUGCGAUCAAUGCCCCACGCAGCCUGCUUCUAGUAUGGCCAUGUCCCGAGGUGUGAUCGCGCCCGAGUGCAGUCUCCCUGGUGCAGACGUCGUCUCUGUUUCAACUCCUUCCUAUGUAUCUCCUCAAACUCAGGCUCAGGAUCAGAAUGAGGUGCAGCCCCGCUUGGAAAUCGGAGCUGGGGAAGCGAAGGUCGAGGGCAUUGAGAACAAGGACGAAGAAGGGACCGGAACUUCUACACCAUCGGCAUCGGCUUCAGCAACGGCGACAACGCUGGCUGGACAAGAAUUCAAAGCCCCAGAUUUAAGAGAGGUGAAGCCUAGUGUGAUUAUCGAGUUUUGUGAUCGAUGCAGGUGGGCUCCACGCGCAACAUGGAUCCAAACCGAGCUAUUCCUCACUUUCCCCAACCCUAUCCUGAGGAGUAUAACCCUAAUGCCGCUUAAUGCUCCUGAAACAGGGGGCAGGUUUAGAGUUUGGGUUGAUGUUGGGAAGGGAAAGGGAGAUGAAUUGGCUUGGGAUCGAAAGACGGAAGGAGGUUUCCCAGAGUUGAAGGUUUUGAAACAGAGGAUAAGGAAUUUGGUGCAGCCUGAUAUGGGUUUGGGACAUUCUGAUGUUCAUGGGAAGAAUGGUGAAGCCAAGUGAAUGCUGUAUAUAGUACGGAGGGCAUAUGUUCGCAUAACUCAGAAUGAUCCGACCGUCUUGUCGUACGUUGUAUUAUUGAAUACUUUAU